AAAAGAGCGAGGAGACUGUGAGAGAAAGAGAAAGAGAGUGACAGAGAGCCACAGCUAGAGAGAGAAUGAGUGUUGCAAUUUUAGACGGUUCGACUGUGAGGGACUUCGUCGAAGACUUGAAAGCCUUCAACGAGUCGGUAAACGAGAGCUUCUCCGAUCUAGAUAUCGAUCACGAUGGUGUGCUCUCUCGCUCUGAGCUUCGCCGGGCUUUUGAGUGCCUGAGGCUUUUAGAGUCGGAUUUUGGGUCAGAUUCUCGGCUGACACCCGAAGAGUUGACUCGUCUCUAUGAUUCGGUGUUUGAUAAGUUCGACUACGAUCAUAGUGGAGCUGUGGACUUGGAGGAGUUUCGAUCGGAGAUGAGAGAGAUAAUGCUUGCAACGGCUGAUGGGCUUGGAGCUGCACCUGUAGAAAUAGUUUUGGAAGAAGGAAGCUUUCUUUUGCAGGCUGUCAAGCACGAAAAUGAGAAAAAUGGCGAGGGGGUAAAUUAGAGUCAAUUUAUUUUCAAUUUUUUUUGGUGGGUUUGUUAUUGUUUUUCAUUUUCUUAGUUUUUGUUCCUUGUAUAAGGGAAAUGAUGGUUACAUAGUUGCUAAUGUCAUUUUAUUUUUAUCCUUAUGUAAUUGCUCCGGGUGUAGUUUGUAUAAGGCUGAGGCUCUAAACAAAGUAAUGUGCACCUUCAAAUUGUGUCUAAAGAUGUUCUA